GUUGCAAGUGUGUUGGUGAGAGGAUACAUUAGUGUCCCUGUUACCUGCAUAAUGCAGGAACAGUAGCAGCGUUCAAAAUAUGUAUCGUUUCACCGCCAAACUCUGACCGUCUGGACUCAACGCUGCUUCUCUCUCUUCCUCCUUCCCCCACUCAGUGUCUCCGGCACUUUUAUUUCCACCCUGUCUCCCCUUCGGAUCUCCUUCCUUCUCCCCCCGCAUGGAUCCAGCCUCUCCCUGUCUGGGUGCCGCCUGCCCCCCGUCCGUAAGCGGCGGCCGGGAUCACCAUCAGCCGGCGGGCGCCCGCUCUUCGGCGCAGACGCCCGAGUUGAAGCGGCAGGCGGUGAAGCGGCACCAUCACAAGCACAACCUGAAACACCGCUACGAAUUCCGCGAAACCUUGGGCAAAGGCACUUACGGCAAAGUGAAGAAAGCAGUUGACAGAUCCGGCCGAGUGGUGGCCAUUAAGUCAAUCCGCAAAGACAAGAUCAAGGAUGAACAGGACCUGGUUCACAUCCGCCGGGAAAUUGAGAUCAUGUCAUCACUCAAUCACCCACAUAUCAUUAACAUCUAUGAAGUGUUUGAAAACAAGGAUAAAAUUGUGAUCAUCAUGGAAUAUGCAAGCAAAGGCGACCUGUAUGACUUCAUCAAUGAGAAGCAGAGCCUGACUGAACAAGAAGCCCGACACUUUUUUCGUCAGAUUGUGUCUGCCAUUUAUUAUUGUCACAAGAACGGAAUUGUGCAUCGGGAUCUGAAGUUGGAGAACAUCCUGUUGGAUGCUACUGGCAACGUCAAGAUUGCUGAUUUUGGCCUGUCCAAUUUAUACCACCACGACCGCUUCUUGCAGACGUUCUGUGGUAGCCCCUUGUACGCAUCUCCUGAGAUUGUCAAUGGGCGUCCCUAUCGGGGUCCUGAGGUUGACAGCUGGUCCUUGGGUGUACUGCUAUAUACCUUGGUCCAUGGUACCAUGCCUUUUGAUGGACAUGAUUACAAAAACCUGGUCAAACAGAUAACUAAUGGCGAAUACCGUGAGCCAACCAAACCAUCAGAUGCAUGUGGGCUGAUCCGAUGGCUACUGAUGGUCAAUCCAGACCGCCGUGCCACCAUUGAGGAUGUUGCCACUCACUGGUGGGUCAACUGGGGCUACAAGACCCAGGUCUGCGAGCUGGAGUCGGCAAGGGACUACGAGUCGUCCGUCACCAUCAGUCUGGACUGGUUGCAGCGGCCGUCUCGCUUCGUCUUUGAGAGCGGCUCCAAAGUGCGCUGCUUCUUCAAGCAGCAUGGCUCGCCGCUGGAGCGGCAGAGGUCGCUGAAGAAGUCAAAGAAGGAGAAUGACAUUUCCAACUCGCUGCAGGAAGGGGGGGCUACCGAAAGCACAGGGAAGUCGCUGCUGAAGAGGCCGAAAGGGAUCCUAAAGAAAAGGAACACCCACGAGCAUCGAUCGCACAGCGCAGGCAACGUCAGCCACUCCACUGAGGAGACCGUAUUUGCUCACCUAGACUCGAGCAUGUCCACAACAGAACAGGGCAGGCAGCAGGACAGUCCAACUGUCCCUGCACCAAAGAAAGGGAUAUUGAAGAAGCCGGCAAAGAGGGAGUCUGGGUAUUAUUCCUCACCAGAGCAGAGUGAGUCAGCGGACUUGUUGGACUGUGACAACCCUGUCUUUGAGACGGUGACUUCUGAAACCCACAGCGAUUUAUGCGACAGUGCCAAAGACCCCUCUGCCCGGCGCAAAGGCAUCCUCAAACGGAAUGGCAAGUUCUCCUCCAGCAGCACGGACUCUGCGAUGGGCAGCGCCACCCUGAAGAGUCUGGGGUCCUUCAACGAACUGGCCUUUUCUGACAUCAGACUCUCGUCGAACAGAAGCCACCCGUCGAGUGCGGUGAGCGAAGACAGCAUCCUCUCCUCGGAGUCCUUCGACAGGCUCGACCUGCCCGAGAGCCGGCAAGAGCGGAGCCAGAUGAGGAGCUGUGUCUCCGCCGAUGAUCUGCUCCACCUGGACGAAGCAGAGUCGGACUGCAGGCCGCGGCUUUGCAAGAUGAAGUGCUUCGCCGACCACUUGGCCGACAGCAACUUCUCCCUCACCGACCUCGAUAAUGUGACGGAGGUCUAUAAGAAAGCUGUGGCGAUCUGCAACAAGUUGAUAUGAAUGGGACAUCCUCAGUGGCUGCGUAAUCAAGGCCCAGACCUAAUUAUGGUUCUUUGUUUGUUGAGACUGGAAAGAUUGCAGGCCAGACACUCAGUUGAAGUUAGAGAUGGUUGAGUAAGAGGAAACCAAAACACAAAAGGAAUAUCACGGCUAUAGAAUGUGAAGAAAGAUUUGGGAAAGUGGGGCAGCCAAGGCAUUGUGCAAGGAGAUUUUUUUUCUCCUAUUUUUCUUCAACGGAUACAUGGGAGUUCCCUAGAUUGGGACCAGACCCAGUAGUAAAGACAUGUGAAUCCCUUGCACUGUGAAGUCUGAACAGUGAAAGAGAGGCGGGAAUGGUGUUAUGUAACGAUGGGUGAACAGAUUGCGAAUAUAAACUAAAAGGGAAGGUUAGGAAUUAACCUGCAGAAACAAAGCGGGGAAGGUUUCCUUCCUCCCUCCCUUACAAAGUAUACGGGGAGGACAAGUGUUCGAGAAUUUCUGUGGUGAUAAAAUACGUGGCAAAGAAAGCUCCAUCUCUAGCUUACAUUUCUACAAUAGACUUGGCUGGUUGUGAUCGUUUAGGUCACUGCUCAGCUGUGUACUGUGUAACUGUCUCUGCCAAAAAAAAUUAAAGUACAGGAAAAUUAAACAGUUGCACCAGAAAGAGGAAGAAACAAGUUUACUAUUUAUGUGUCAGACAUGUAUAUAUUUUGCAAAUUAAUUUAUUUUUAUUUUCCCCACCCAUCCUCGUCUCAGACUUUUGGUUGAAUGCAAAUGAAUGAAGUUCGAAUAAGUUUACUAUUAUAAUGAAGUAGAUUUUUUUCUACUAGUUAAUUAUAAUAAAAAUGAAUAUAAUCUUCAGAUAGCAAUGAAAACCAAUUGUUUAAAGCGAGGAAACUGUUCGUGUUUCCCUGGGGGAAGAAUUAAUGCCAAGACGAGCAUUAUUUGACUGUCUUCUUAACGCUGGACAAGUUUUGGCAUUUGAGAUACAAUCAGAAUACUGAAAAUUUAUUUUUGGUGUUCAGAUAUACUGUCCUGGAUUUGGAUGUUGUUUGUUUUUAAGAGGGAAGCUAAGGGGAUAGGGUGUCAGGAAAAUAUGGUAUCUCCUCAAAAUUCCCUUCCAGAAAUAUGUUAAUGUAUUGUUAAUUCGUAUUCACAUGCUGUGAUGUUGCAUGCCAUCCUGACUGAAUGAAUGUUAUUAUGACUGGUGAAUUUUUUUUUGAGUGAGUACUUGAAUCCCACUUGGGAGUGUUUAUUGGUUAAAAUCUAUCCUCUCCACUCCCAAACCAUCCCCUCCCCAUUCCAUUCACAUCAAUGCUGCUUUAAAAAGGCUAGGUGUUCAAAAUUCGGCAUGAACGAUCUCAUUUUGAGGGAAGGACCACCUGGAGGCGUGCUAGUUUCCUCUCUGUUCCUUUGUGAAUGCUUUAUAUGUUAUUUAUGUGAGGCAACCGGUGUUAACUGGACGACAUUGCUGUGUCCAAUUGCAACAGGCCAGUUCCUGCUCCCUUGUGCAAAUUCAGCAAAAAGAGGGGAGACCUACAGGAGGAGAAUGGGGAAAGGAGCAGGCCAAAAUUUGACCAUGAGCCCCUUGAGUCUGGACAGUUGACUUUUUACCUUGAGGGGGAAGUUUCCAUUGAAUUUUUUUUUCUCUUGGAAAACCAGUAUGGAAUUUGUAGGAAAAAAAAUGUCAAACCCAUUUUGAUAUGUAAAUUAUGAUGUAUGCCAAUAAUUGUCAAUUUUAUUUUUGAAUUGUGCAAUGGUGAAAUAUUGGCCUGGGGUGAAACUGCUUCACAGUGUUUGCAGAGAGCAGUUCUAAUAUUACCCGUCACUUUGCUAUGUGCUGAUCCCUCACGGUGGCCAAUUCCUUGACCGCACCCUCAAACCUUCCUGAGCAGGUUGGCAGUCUGUUUGUCCCAUUGACAGGAGAUAUGACGUGCUGAGAAGAUUAGGGGACGAGGAUAAGUUAACGAUUAUAGCGAGAAAGGAAAUUUUAAAAUCUGAAAUAGCAAAGACCAAUAAACACAGGGAUAGUCUAUUCAGCCCCUCAUUCUACCUACUAUUGUUAGAUGGUAGUGAUCUACCAUUUAACAUCUUUGUAACACUGAGGUCAAUCUUUGUUUAAUUUUGCUUGGAGUGGGCGUUUCAGAUUUCCAUUACCACUUACCUCGGUGGUUGCAUCAUCACCUUGAGCAAUCUACUACUUUCUAGACAAUUUUCCCCCUUAUUUGGGACUUUGGGGCAACUCGGGGAUCUACAGAAAUUGUAGUUCCUUUUAAUCCUUAAACACCUCAAUAAGACUACUGCUACGUGGAACCACCCUCUGGUUUGUUGCUGAGCCAAUUUGGCUCUGACUGAAGCAACCUUAACUACUGGUAUGAUUGUAAAAGGGGGAGAAUAAUCUAUUGGAUUGCAACAACCCUCCCAACACCCACUUCAGUUCCUAAAAGAUGCAGGUAUGGAGUGAGGGCGGGAUGUUUCGCUGUGAUACUAAAGAUCAACAUCCAGAUGCAAACUUAAGAAUGAUCUCUUAAGCACGGGUUUGGGUUCCAUAUUGUCAUCCAGCCAUUGCUGGGGUAUGAUCCUACAUCUUCAAGCAAAGAGUGGGACCAGUUUUUAAAAAAUACUGGCGGGAGAAUAGUGUGAUCCUGUUUAUACCAAUAUUUCUCACCUUGCAUGAUUAUGAGACCUAUUUUUGCCCCUGUUACAGAAGAUGAAACUCUGGGGCGAAGUGAUACAUUGCCUUGUUGCCUACUUGCUGUGGAUUACAUGCUUUGUCCAUGUGUUCCUUGAAUUACUAAGUAAUUUGUAUCAAACAGAAUGUCAUUCUGAAGAAAUCUGUGAUUUGUUUUUGUUCUAAAUGGCUAAUUUAUUUUUUUUAGAUGGUUAAAAUCCAUUUGCCACAAUAAAAGAAAUUGCC